UUGGCUUGUCGGCUUCCGGCACCAAGCACCUCUGAUCCGCCGGGGCCGCAAAGCAAUGGCCGCCGCAGCGGCAGCAGCAGGCGCGGCAUCCUCCCUUGUCCCCUCCACUUCCCAGCGCCGCCUCCCCUUCCGUCCCACCCCGACCCGCCAACCCCUCCUAGCCGCCAACAAGACCCUGACGCUCUCCCCGAAGCCACCCCGCCUCCUGCACCCCCUCGCCGCGUCCCCCUCCUCUCCGCCUCCGCCUGAGGAUGCUGAGCCAACCGACCCCGUCAAGCUCGCCUUCGCCCGCGCCGCCGCCUACAAGAAGGAGAGGGCUAAUCCCAAGCCACCGCCACCGCCACCGUCGCCUCCCCCUCCGCCGCAGCCUUCCGCGAAGGAGUCCAGCGGCAGCAAGGAGGCCUUCGAGCGGGCGCUGGAGUACAGGAACGGCAACGGGGGAGGACUGGACGGCGGCUCCUCGCUUCUCAAUCCGUCGCCGACUUUCGGCCAAAGCACGUUUACUAGUAAAGAGGGUGCAUUUGGCAAAGUGGCAAAGAAAAAGGGAGGGUAUGCGUACGAUGAGACCGACUUUUUGGGCCUCAGUUUCUUUGAGAAAAAACGUUAUCAAGGUCCACCACCAGGGCUGUCUCAAGGAAUUGAUCCUUUUUCAAAUGAAGAUUUUCCUGAGGUGGAGAUAGUAGUUGGCGACCCUAGUAAAUUUGGGAAGUCUCGUCGUUCAACUGAAAAUCAACCUGUAGAUGCUAGCGAGUCUGAGGAAACUUCGCGUUCAAAAGACGGCAAACAAAAUGAAGAUAGCAAGCUUGAGGAAACACCGCUUUCAACUGUUACUGAACCUGAAGAUGAUGAAAACUCAGAGUCCUACAAACCCAGGGUUACAACGUGGGGAAUGUUUCCACGGCCACAAAAUAUUUCAAAGGCGUAUGGUGGUGGAAGAAAUAUAAGCCUUGGUGGAGAGACCCUAAGUGCUGAAGAGAAAGCAGCUAAAGAUAAACGUACCAGAGAACUACUAGCUGCAUAUAUUGGUGGAAAAAACAAGACACUCGAUGCAAAAACAAUGGCAGAGUGCACCAAGGCAUUGAAGGAAGGUGACGAACUUAUGAAUGCUGGAAGGCUGAAACAAGCUUUGCCUUAUUAUGAAAAAGUGAUGCAGGCUGCGGACUUUAAGACCGAACUUCAUGGAUUGGCUGCGCUCCAGUGGUCCAUCUGUCUGGAUUCACUCUGCAGGUCCAAGGAAGCCAUGGGCAUGUAUAGCAAGCUCAAGUACCACCCAAACGAUCGAGUCAGCAAGAAGGCAAAGAUGUUCAUGUUCAGCUUUCAGGCGGCGGACUUCCUGAAGGUCGACGGCGUGCCGAUGCCGCGCGACACGGGCUACGAGGGGUACUUCGACCAGUUUGGCGGGCAGAGGAACUACUACGCGAACCCGGACGAGCCCGAGGUCGGGAUCCGGGAGAUCAUCCCGUACAUGCUCUUUCUCGUCUCCCCGAUUUUCUUCGUCGCUUUCAUCGCUUUGAGAAAGUCCUUGAUGCUGUAAGAAAGCAACGGGAAGCGUAUGCUAGUUCACAGCUUCAUUGUCUCAUAGUAUGCUGAUGUUCAUCUUU